GGGAGCAGCAACUGCGUGAUGCCAUCAUGUCAAUAUGGACCUGAGGAAUGUUUCCAGUACCUUGAAUCUAUGCCACGAAGGAUUAAAGCAGUUCUGAAGGCAAAAGGGGGUCCAACCUGGCACUAGUAAGGUGAACCGAACUUCGCAGUGGAUCCCUGAAAGAGCCCGAAUCCUGGAUGAAGAGGUUGAGUGAACCUGGUCUGGACUCUGUGAAGGAGGAUCAUGGGAUCUGAGACACUGUAGAAGGACAGCUGUCCUGCCCGGUGGUCCAGAUACACCCCGAUCCGGUGGGACAGGGCACCUGGGCACAGCCCGGUUCUGUUCGGUUUACAGUGUGGGUCCCGACUCUUGGAACUGAUGGAAAAUGAGAACCAAAACCCAGUGUAGGCACACGCACUUGGGUCUUCACAACUUGAUCUUCAGUUGUAAUCCUGACGUAUCUCACAUCUGCAAAUGGAGCCCUGGUUUUGUCCAGAUCUUCAGCUGGAGACUUGGAUCUUUCUCAGACGGAGCUGCGGUUCAGCUCUGCAGCUGGUGCAUCGCAUUCUUCCAGAUUUUGCUCACAGGAAGAAUUAUAUUUACGCCGAGGGCAGCUGUUUUCCUUCAGGUCCUGGAGGCAAACCGAGCGCAUGCGUGACAAGUAGCAAGUAGCUCGGUGUUAAAGGGAUUCAGUUUAGUUUCGUUUUUUGGAUGUCCCUCAUGCGUGUAUGUGGGCAGGGCUCUGUUAUAUAUAUAUAGAUAUAAUAUAUAUAUUUAUGUGUAUGUGUCUGGACACAAAUAAAGAGACCGAUCCGAAGCUUGCUCCAGUGUAAACAGAGAGAGACACACGGUUGCUUGCCAAGAUGAUGUCGCUUUUUGUUUAAUAAAAUAAUACCCGACUAACCAGCUAGUAAAAUUAAUUCAAAUAUUCCAAGUGCACAGGAGAUGUCUCUUUUGCUUUGUCAGACAGUAUUUUCGUAAUCGCAUACAGAACAAAAACGAGACAUUUGACUUGUUUUUAAAGCGGUUUUAUAGUUUUUUGGGGGGUUAUUUGUCCCCACCUCUAGUGAGUGUGUGUUAGAUAAGUUUAUGUGGGCAGAGUCCAGGUGCCGUGCAAUUGUCAAACAGAAAGUUGUGUAACAUGUCAAGAGGGACAAUAAAACAGCAGGAAGAGCCAUAACACGCCGUUUCAUAAUUUAAUGAUUUUACUUUCAUACGUUUUCCACAGGUUCUCCUUUAAAAAGUGAUAUUGUUUACGCGGUUUCUCUGAUCAGCACGAUUGGAACAAUUUAAUUGUUUUAAAAUCAAUAUGAACGACUCCAAUGAUGUUCCGAGGUGAUCAAGGUCCUUGUCUGAUGGCUGAGCUAGCAGAUAUUCUUUAUAAAUGCUGAUGUUUAUGUAGUUCAUGUAGAUGUGCGCGCGUAGGCUGUUUAAAGCAGAAGUAUAUUACAGAAGGAUGUGCACUUUUUCAGUUCAAAACCUAUGUAUUUGUAUGUUAACUGGUCACCAGAUCUUCACUACGUCCACUUCACCUCUUCACAACCGUUUCACUUCACUUUUUUCAUUUAAUUUCAAAUGAUCCUGGAAGUGGGUUUAAACCGAGAGGCCAUUUUAUAGAUUUAAAGCUGCUUAACAUCAGCCUUUAAAUACCUGUAAUUAAGAUACUAAAGCCAAAUAUUUUAUUUACGUAUCGUUUUUGUCCUGAUUUUUUUUCUGUUUAGGUCUCAACUUAACUUCAGUCAGUUCAGUUUAAUUCCUAGCUGUAGGUAUCAAUACUAUCAUGAAUUAUGAAUGCCAUCUUUUAUCAUCCAAAUGAUGACUUAAAACCGUUUUGAUUACCGUAUUGAUUACCAUUUAUAGUUUUACAACAAAUACCACGGUUAAAGUAUAAGCAUGUAGUUUGUAGCAUAUCUAUAAAUCUAUGAAUUGAACUGUGAAACUGAAAUGUUUUAUCUGUCGGUUAAUAUAGCCUCAAAUUAUAAAUAAACCGUUAGUGUAGCAAAACUAUGGUUACUCUACUAAAAAAAGAAUGAUAGUAUUAAUAAUAAAUCCAUUUAAAAUGGUAAUAUGUAGUGUCUUUUGUGACACUUUCCAUUAGGAUAACAGAUGACCAGUUACCAGUCCCAUCAUGACCAGUCAACCCAUAACACUUUUUCUAAUUUUUUUGGUUACCAUGGUUACACGUUUGCAGGUAUCCUUCACCGCAUCUUUCCUGAAACUCUUGCUCGUACCUGUGAGUACUUUAGCAUUUAUUUUGUUACUUCCAUCAAAUCCAUGUUAUGUAUGAAAGCUGAUUUGCAUGCGCUUUAUAAAGUCACUCCGGGUAUUGUAGCACGUGGUGUGACGCGCCUCGUGUUUUUUAUGAAACCUCAUUCACAUAAAUACUCUCUCUCUCUCUCUCUCUCUCUCUCUCUCUCUGUCUCUCGCGGACACGCGCUCGCUCGCGCUCAGCUUCAGGGUCGGGAUGGCAGACACGGCCGUUCAGCUGACCAGAGUCAGGGACGUGGACAACAACGUGUCCAGGACGCCGGUGUCCACCAGGAUGUCCUUCUCGGCGUCCAGGCGAGGAGCCACCGUGAGCUUCCACGACAUCAACUACAGCGUGAAGAUGAAGAGCGGCUUCUUGUGCAAGAGGAAGGUCGAUCAGAAGAACAUCCUCAUCCAGCUCAAUGGGAUCAUGAGGCCUGGACUGAAUGCCAUUUUAGGAGCCACUGGGAGCGGGAAAUCAUCGUUUCUGGAUGUUCUGGCCGCUCGUAAGGAUCCUGCUGGUCUUUCUGGAGAGGUUCUGAUAGACGGAGCUCCACAGCCUCCAAACUUCAAAUGUCUGUCUGGAUACGUAGUGCAGGAUGAUGUGGUCAUGGGCACGCUGACCGUUCGUGAGAAUCUGCGUUUCUCAGCGGCUUUACGUCUCCCGAAGUCGAUCCGUCAGCAAGACAAAGACGAGAAGGUUGAGAGACUCAUUCAAGAGCUGGGAUUGAGCAAAGUGGCUGAUUCACGGGUGGGCACGCAGCUGAUUCGUGGUGUUUCGGGUGGAGAGAGGAAGAGGACAAAUAUCGGCAUGGAGCUGAUCAUUGAUCCGCCGGUGCUUUUCCUGGACGAACCGACCACAGGCCUGGACGCCAGCACGGCCAACUCCGUCCUCAUGCUGCUCAAGAGGAUGGCGAACAGCGGUCGCACCAUCAUCCUCUCCAUCCAUCAGCCGCGGUACUCCAUCUACCGGCUGUUCGACAGCCUCACGCUGCUGGUGGGAGGAAGACUGGUGUAUCACGGCCCGGCUCAAGACGCCCUGGACUACUUCAGCCAGAUCGGAUACACCUGUGAACCUCAUAACAACCCUGCUGAUUUCUUCCUGGACGUCAUCAACGGAGACUCCACCGCCGUCGCUCUCAACAAGUUAUACGCCAAUGAGGAACUGGACGAGGAGCAGCUGAGUUCGUCUCUGAAGGGCAUCGAGGACCGUUUGGUGGAGGAGUACAAGAACAGCGGCAGCUACAAACAGACCAAAAGCGAGCUGGAGCGAAUCGUUCAGGGACAGGACUACAGCUCACGACCCAAAUCCAGAACCAUCACCUACAGCACGUCCUUCUGCCACCAGUUCAACUGGGUCCUCAAGAGGACCUUCAGGAACCUCAUGCUGAACCCUCAGACCUCGUUCGCUCAGAUCGGUGUGAUGAUUUUCCUGGCUUUGGUUGUUGGAGCGAUAUUUUUUGGAGUGGAGAAGAAUUCAAGCGGCAUUCAGAACAGGAUGGGCGCGCUCUUCUUCAUUACCACCAAUCAGUGCUUCAGCGCCGUUUCCUCAGCUGAACUCUUCAUCACUGAGAGGAAACUGUUUGUGCACGAGUACAUCAGCGGAUACUACAGAGUCUCGGUCUACUUCCUGUCUAAGAUCCUGUCUGACAUCCUGACUCUACGCACCAUCCCAGCAAUCAUCUUCAGCUGCGUGGCGUACUUCAUGAUCGGACUGAAGGCGACGGCCGAGGCCUUCUUCAUCUUCCUGUUCUCCAUCAUUCUGGUGUCCUACACAGCCACGUCCAUGACUCUGGCCAUCUCUGCCGAUCAGACGGUGGUGGCCAUCGCUAACAUCUUCAUGACCAUCAGCUUUGUCUUUAUGAUGAUCUUCUCGGGGCUGCUGGUGAAUCUCCCCAGUGUCGCGGUCUGGUUAAACUGGUUGAAGUAUCUCAGUAUUCCUCGUUACGGUCUCGCCGCGUUGGAAAUCAACGAGUUCACCGACCUUGACUUCUGCGACCCGAGGAACAUGAGCGGCGUAGUAACACAAGUCUGCUCCACAGGCGAGGACUUUCUGAGCGAACAGGGCAUUGAUUUCUCAGCCUGGGGUUUGUGGCAGAAUCACUUGGCUCUGGGCAUCAUGACCAUCAUCUUCCUCACCAUCGCUUACCUCAAGCUGCGCUUCAUCAAGAAGUUCACCUAAACGCAAGCUCACGUUCUUCCUCACACACUCCGUAUGCAGAAGGAAAUCAUAAACAUGAAUAGAAAUCCUGUCAAACACCGACUCUGCUCAGGUUUAUUGUUCUCAGCCUUUCAUACCAAAGAUUUGUUUCAAGAAAGUGUUUUAUUGUUUCUCGUUUCUUCCUGCGGAUUAUUCAGUAACAGUACAGUAGUUGGGUUUAUUGUAAGUUUCAUUUGUAUAUUUUGUUAAUAUAAAAUGCUUUUGUAAUUUUUUUUAGGACCGCAAGAUUUAAUAAAACAAAUGCUC